UUGGUUCAUGUGUAGCGACUUUAUAGUUCAUCCAGUUGGCAACAGUGGUGGCGACUUUAUAGUUCAUCCAGUUGGCAAUACUGGGUUCUGUUCUCUCAGCUUUAUACCUGUCUCACAGGAAUUUAAGCUUAUGUGCUAGUGUCUGGAAUAAGACUUAGUUUUCAUAUGUUGUGAAUUGUGAACUAUCAUUUUGUGGGAAUUGAAGUCAAAACGAAUAGGCAUUUUUAAACUCACAUAUCAGUUACUGCUAUAAACGAAAAAUGGCUGGUGCUACUAAAAGGGCAGCUUCAGUUUUUGAAGACCUCUCUAAUGUGGAAUUCGAGACAAGUGAAGAUGUGGAAGUUAUCGACAAGUUCAAGAAUAUGAAUCUUAAAGAAGAACUCCUCAGGGGAAUUUUUGCAUAUGGAUUUGAUAAGCCAUCUGCUAUUCAGCAGAGAGCUAUAAAGCCAAUUAUGAAAGGAAGAGACGUGAUUGCACAGGCUCAGUCUGGUACUGGUAAAACUGCGACGUUUUCAAUCUCCAUUCUACAAUCUCUAGAUCUUACAAUGAGAGAAACUCAAGUUUUAUGCUUGUCCCCAACUAGGGAAUUGGCAGUUCAAAUUCAAAAAGUAAUUCUAGCUUUAGGAGAUUUUAUGAAUGUUCAAUGUCAUGCUUGUAUUGGUGGCACAAAUUUAGGAGAAGACAUAAGAAAACUAGAUUACGGACAACAUGUCGUCAGUGGAACACCAGGAAGAGUGUAUGAUAUGAUUCGUAGACGAGCACUACGAACUAGAUCUGUGAAAAUGUUGGUAUUAGAUGAAGCUGAUGAAAUGUUGAACAAAGGAUUCAAAGAACAAAUUUAUGAUGUUUAUCGAUUUCUUCCACCCUCUACACAGGUUGUUUUGAUAUCUGCAACUUUACCUCAUGAAAUUUUGGAGAUAACUUCUAAAUUUAUGACAGAUCCAAUUCGUAUACUGGUAAAACGGUAG